UCAGUCACCCAUCCGAAUAAGAUUUACUUUUUGACUGUUCACCAGAAAACAACAGCAUGGCUCCUCCAAAGUCAGUGCCCAGCAAAGGAAAGUCAGUCUCAGAUGCCAAAGAAAUAUCAGCUCCUGGAGCGGCAGAACCAGCGACACCAGCGCCAGAAACUCCAACUUUAAAAGCUCCUGAAAAGGCUACACCUGGACCCACCUCAGCGACAGCAGCCCAAGAACCAGCUGAAGACCCAAAUUUCAAAUAUGACCCUGCCAUUGUAGGUAAUCUCUCUCCUGAACAACUUGAAGAAUUCAAAGAAGCUUUCCUGCUGUUUGCCAGAACUACUUUAGGGGGGAUGAAGAUUACAUUAGCUCAAUGUGGGGAUGUGAUGAGAGCUUUGGGUCAGAACCCAACCAAUGCUGAAAUACUGCAUGCUCUGGGGAGACCGAAGCCCGAAGAGAUGGAGUCCAAAAUGAUCGACUUUGAGACUUUUCUGCCCAUGUACCAACAAGUUACAAAAUCAAUAAAGAGCGGCACAUUUCAAGAGUUUGUAGAGGGCCUUCGAGUCUUCGACAAAGAAGGCAAUGGAACAGUCAUGGGGGCUGAACUACGCCAUGUGCUUUCUGCACUGGGUGAGAGAUUGACCGAAGGUGAGGUGGACCGGCUCAUGGCUGGACAAGAGGACACAAACGGCUGUGUUAAUUAUGAGGAUUUUAUAAAACACGUCAUGACUGGAUGAGCUUUCUUCUGGUAACGGAGGGUCACUGUAUCUUGAAGAUCAAAAUUUGCUGUCAAGAAAUUAACGAUUGUGUAAAAAACUAUGUAAUUAAAAUAAAUCUCUUCUCCAUCGAACUGUUUGUGAGCAUUAGGCAUUAGUGUGGACCACACGAUAUACAGUAAACCUUAGUCUGACCCAGGACAGAAUCAACACAGCUGUCAACGUAUUUCAUUUUGGCUUGACUUCUCUACUGUUCUGAGUUUGCUUUAAUCCCAGAAUGCCAAGAAUUUUCAUCAGACACAUGAUGCACCCGGACCCUAUACUGCACGUGUUUGGACUUCUCUCGGGGGGCUUUAAGGAUAUUGUGCGGUAGUCAAGAAUUGUAUUCAUCAAAAAGAACAACACUAUGAGAUGUGUUAAUUCCACCAAUGUGGAUUAAGUGUCUGACGCCUCAAGGCAUUUACAGUCAGUUUAAUCCCCGAUUUAAAAUCACUGGUUCAAAUUCACUUCACAGCAAACAGAACUUUAGCAGUCUUAAAAAUAAAACAGACUGUCUGACAAAAUAUGUUGGAAAAUGUGCAUAACACUUUCAGUGUUUCAGUAUAGAGACCCAAUAUUUGUCUCCCCAAAAAAGACUUUCCCCAUGUGUUAAAUUUCACAACCCCUUUCAAACUAAAAGAAGCUUCUAUAGAAAUGGCAAAUAGAAAUGGAUAUAUCAAACAGAGACAAAUCCUUGGGUAUUUACCACCUGACCCC